CUCACUCAGGAAGGCCAGGGCGGUGGGGCGUGGCUUGAGUCCCUCCGGGCGAAGGAAGCGCGUGGGUUACCGUCUCUGCGGUAAUAUCUGACGGCACUCCGUACUAAGUGGAGUAGAAAAUAAAAGGGACGUCUCCUCUUCUCCUUCCCUGCCCGGCAGGCGUAAUGGCAGAAACCGCAGUGACUGGAGCCAGCGGGGAGGCCGUGGCGGCGGUGGCGGCGGCGGCGGCGGCGGUGGAAGGCUCCGCGGGAGCCGCGGGCUGGUCUUUGGGUCGCGGCUUCUCGAGCUACCGGCCCUUCGAGCCCCAGGCGCUGGGCCUCAGCCCCAGCUGGCGGCUGACCGGCUUCUCAGGCAUGAAAGGCUGAGGCUGCAAGGUCCCCCAGGAGACGCUGCUCAAACUCCUGGCGGGACUGACGCGGCCGGACGUGCGGGCCCCGCUGGGCCGGGGACCGGUCGGAGGCCAGGAGGAGGCUGCCCAGGAGGCCGGCCUGCCGGUCAUGGCGGAAUCCAGCCCAAGUUUUCCAGCCCUGGGCAUUGGCUUGGACUCCUGUGUCAUACCCCUGAGGCACGGAGGCCUGUCGCUGGUGCAAACCACAGACUUCUUUUACCCCUUGGUGGAAGAUCCCUACAUGAUGGGACGCAUAGCUUGUGCCAAUGUGCUGAGUGACCUCUAUGCCAUGGGCAUCACUGAGUGUGACAACAUGUUGAUGUUACUCAGCGUCAGCCAGAAUAUGUCUGAAGAGGAACGAGAAAAGAUAACCCCACUCAUGAUCAAAGGCUUUCGCGAUGCUGCCGAGGAAGGAGGGACUGCAGUGACUGGUGGACAAACUGUGGUAAACCCUUGGAUUAUCGUGGGUGGGGUUGCCACUGUGGUGUGUCAGCCAAAUGAAUUCAUAAUGCCUGACAGUGCAGUUGUUGGGGAUGUGCUGGUGUUAACCAAACCCUUAGGCACCCAAGUUGCUGUCAAUGCCCACCAAUGGCUGGACAAUCCUGAAAGAUGGAAUAAGAUAAAGAUGGUGGUGUCCAAAGAAGAGGUAGAGCUGGCUUAUCAGGAAGCCAUGUUCAACAUGGCUACCCUAAACAGAACUGCUGCUGGGUUAAUGCACACAUUUAAUGCCCAUGCCGCCACGGAUAUCACAGGCUUUGGUAUUCUGGGACACUCUCAGAACCUUGCAAAACAACAGAGAAAUGAGGUUUCCUUUGUCAUUCAUAAUCUGCCAAUCAUUGCCAAGAUGGCUGCCAUCAGCAAGGCCAGUGGGCGCUUUGGGCUCCUUCAGGGAACCUCAGCAGAAACUUCUGGGGGGUUGCUGAUUUGCUUGCCAAGGGAACAGGCUGCUCGCUUUUGUUCUGAAAUCAAGUCUUCCAAGUAUGGGGAGGGUCACCAAGCAUGGAUCGUGGGCAUUGUGGAAAAGGGAAACCGGACGGCCAGGAUCAUUGACAAGCCUCGGGUUAUUGAGGUCCUACCUCGUGGGACCACCGCCGCGGCUCUUGCCCACGACAAUUCCAGUGCCUCUUCUGAGCCGAGCUUGUGAGAUGGAGUAGCAGAAGUUGUUUGGACCUUGGAGCCUUUGUACGCAGUCAUGGAUGAUUCUCAAGAGUUGAUUUUAGGAACAAAUUUCCAGAGGCGGCUGCCCGAAUAUCAGUUGCACAGUUGCCCUUUCUAGGUGAUUUCAAUCAGCCCGUCACAAACUGCACAUUCCAGGGCCAAAAGUAACAUUUUGGACUUCGGUGGGGAGGUUUGUUCAAUUUCUGCUUGGAAGAGGAGCAGAAAAACCUGUUUCCUCUUUCCAAGAGCAAAAUGAGGUUAUUCCAGUUUGAGGGAAGUGCCAGGGGGGAAAUAUCAGAAGCAAAUAAAUUUGGAUUAAUAGAGUUGAUAAAUCUAAACUGUUGAGAAAGAUCUUAUAAUGCAGUGUCAGAUUCUUGAUUAGAUUUUUCUGAAAUACUGUCUCUUUCCUGCUCUGGACAAGAGUUGAGCAGCUUGUCCAGUGACUGGGAAAGGAGGACCUGCAACCACUGACUUGGUCUCUGUUAAUGAAGUCUCUCCCUCUAAACCCCUUUAAGGACUGGGAGAGGCAGAGCUAGCCCCAGAGCCCAGGCCUUGGUGGUCACUGAGAUGUUAAACUUUGUGCUGAAAAUUCCUGGUGAUUUAGUCAGCGACAUGAUUUCUAGUGUAAUAAAUUAAAAGGACUUUGUUGGAAA